UAUCUAUUUUAUCUUCGAAAAUAACUUUAAUAACAACUUGUUGGCCUACAGUUGAAAACGUUUUCAUUACGUCCUCUCCGUCCUUCGUCCAAACGCGCGUCUAUCGGUAUGUGCACUCGUCUGAAUGAAUCAAUCAAUGUAUUGAAAUGUAAAUAGUCUACAUCACGUCAAACUUUAAUUUAUCAGUGUAUAUAUAUGCCACCCAAUAUGAACCGGAUCGUUCAUUAUUAAACUAUUAAUAAUAUUCAGUGACCUGGUAAAUAUUGGAUUUUUUUCGACAAAGAAAAGUGUAUUGAAGACUUGCAGUUGCGUCUGCGCCAAUGGACCAGUUGGAUUUUCUGACAGAUGAGGAGUUACUGCGGUUUUUCCGCUGUAGUAGGACAGAGAUGUCGUGCAUGGAGCAACCACACACCUUUCUUAACCAGCUCCGAGACCACCACCUCAUUCCGGAAGAAAUGUACAAGAAGCUGAUUCGGUGUAGGAGUAAGGAGGUGAGGGAGAAGGGUGUGUACCAGGUGUUGGACUGGGUGGAGGCAGAGAGGCCCGACAGCAUCAAGGUGUUCUGGAAUUGUGUGUUCAGGGACCACCUCCUGCAGCAGUACCCCACGUUACGCCUGCUACGAAACCGCCUGCUGGACGGGUCGUUCACAUUCUAUGAGAAACUGCCAAAGAAGGUGGAGAAGGAAGAGGAGGAGGAUAAGAAGAAGGCUUCAGAGAAAGGAGAAGAGGAGGAGGAGGAGGAGAAAGAAGAGGAGGAGGAGGAGAAAACAUGGAAAAAGAGUAAACAGAAAGAGAGAAGUGAGAGUGCUGAGGACGAGCAGCCCAGCACAUCCACCCAGUCCAACCCCAGUCAGAAGAGGAACAUCCAGAGGCCGACCAACUAUUUUCCUUUCAGGAAGGGAGAGAAAGAUGACAUCUGGACCUGGCCCAUCUACAAGACCCAGCUCCCAGUCACCUGUGGGGACAAAGAAGGCAUGCUCAAGAGGGACAAACUGGCCAAAGGGGAGAGGUGCAUUGUGGUCCAGGGUCGCUGGUUCACCCCAAGUGGCUUUGAGGAGUUUGGGGGGAAGAAGAGCAGUAAGAAGUGGAAGUACAGUAUCCGCUGUAGCGGCACCACUCUGGGAGAACUGAUCCAGGAAGGUCAUUUAACUUCACCAGACUUUAAAAGAAGAAAGAGUGCACAGCAUGAUCAAGAUAACGAUGACGACUGCUUCAUCUGUAGAAGCCAGGGCAGCUUGAUAUGCUGUGAUGAGUGUCCUCGCUUCUUCCAUCAGAGAUGUCAUCUUCCUAAUGUGGAUGAUGCUAUCCUGGGGGAUGAUCGUCCGUGGAUGUGUACAUUCUGUGUACUGAGGGCCAGUCAUUCGUGGUAUCACCCCACACAAAUGACCUACCAAGAAGCCUUGACCUGCCGAAUCUCUGACCACCUACUGGAAUGCCAGUACCUCCUGCUGUGUCUCUACCAUGCGGACGAGGAACACAUCUUUGUGAAAGAUCCUUGCAUCAAUGUGAGAAACUACACCAGUGUGAUAAAGACCCCUAUAUGGCUGGACAGGGUUGUGGAGAAGCUGCAGCAGAAUCUCUACCAGUCAAUGCAACACUUUGUGUCUGAUGUGUUGCUUAUCUUCACCAACUGUGCCACAUUUAACAGGGAUAAUGCAGAGUUGCGUGUGACGGGCGAAAGAUUGAAGGAUCUAUUUGAGAGAGAGUUCAAGAGUACAUUCAGCAUCCAACUUCAGCAUCCAACUGCAUCCAACAGCCAGUAGAGCCUUCAUCAAGUCUGUACUGUUAUCUCACUAUUUUUUAUUUUAUUUAUUUUAUUUCACCUUUAUUUAACCAGGUAGGCUAGUUGAGAACAAGUUCUCAUUUGCAACUGCGACCUGGCC